UUUUGGGAAGUAAUUUCGGAUGAGCAUGGUAUUGAACCUGAUGGCACUUAUAAGGGUGAUUCACAGUUACAAUUGGAACGUAUUGAUGCAUAUUUCAAAGAAGCGGAAGGAAAAAAGUAUGUCCCUCGUGCGGUAUUAGUUGAUCUGGAACCAGGAACUAUGGAUUCUGUACGUUGUUCAACCUAUGGGAAGCUUUUCCGACCAGACAAUUUCGUGUUUGGUCAAAGCGGUGCUGGAAAUAACUGGGCUAAAGGUCAUUAUACCGAAGGAGCAGAACUUGUUGACGAAGUGUUGGAUGUUGUUCGGAAAGAAGCGGAAAGCUCUGACUGUUUGCAGGGUUUUCAACUGACUCAUUCCUUGGGAGGUGGUACGGGUUCCGGAAUGGGAACACUUCUCAUUGCCAAAAUAUGUGAAGAAUAUCCGGACCGCAUUAUGUCAUCAUUUUCCAUAUUCCCGUCUCCCAAAGUAUCAGAUGUUAUUAUCGAACCAUAUAAUGCGACCUUAUCCGUGCAUCAACUCAUAGAAAAUACAGAUGAGACAUUUUGUAUCGAUAAUGAAGCACUUUACGAUAUUUGUUUACAUACGCUGAAACUUACUGGACCAAGUUAUGGUGAUCUUAACCAUUUAGUAUCAAUGGUCGUUUCUGGAGUAACUACUUGCUUACGAUUUCCUGGCCAAUUGAAUGCUGAUUUGCGUAAACUAGCAGUAAACAUGAUCCCGUUUCCUAGACUUCACUUUUUUAUGCCUGGUUUUGCUCCGCUAACUGCUCGUAAUACUGCUGCAUAUAGAUCACUCAAGAUUAAUGAACUAAUCCAACAG